AUGAAGGUUAAUACGACAGUACUUCUAUCGCUUGCAGUUGCGACUGUUAGUGCACUACCGGCGGGUUCUCCUGCGCCUGAGGAUGCUUGGGAUGUCAUUGUCGUUGGAGCUGGACCCGCAGGAAUCGUUGUGGCGGAUCGACUGAGCGAAGCGGGCAAGAAGACACUUCUACUGGAACAGGGUGGACCAUCAUACUACAUUACUGGCGGACGGGAACGACCGGGUUGGCUCAACGACACAGAUCUCAGCAGAGUCGAUGUGCCUGGGCUGUACAAGUCGAUCUACUCGAACCCGAGCGACGACUUACUAUGCCCUGCAGAAAAGCUAAACUCGUACGGAGCAUGCACAAUCGGCGGAUGCACCGCCAUCAACGCUGGACUAUGGUUUCAGCCACCCGCUACCGACUUCGAUCGAUACUUCCCCGACUCAUGGAAGUCGGAGGACAUGCAAUGCGCCAUCGACAAAGUCCGCAAGCAGCAGCCUUACACGAGCGACCCAAGGACGAACGGCACUGCGGUUUCUGGCUACUAUGCGGCCAAGAAGUGGCUCGUUGACGGCGCUGGCUACAAGGACGUCGAGUUCAAUGAUGUUCCAAACGAGAAAGUCAAGACCUGGGGUCGUCCCGAGUUCAUGUACGAGAAUGGACAACGCAGUGGACCAGUCAAGACAUACCUUCAAUCUAGCUUGAAGCGCAGCAACUUCAAGUUCCAGAGUGGCGUUCAGGUCAAGCGUGUGGUCCGCGAUGGCGCAAAAGCUACUGGCGUUGAUGUCACAAUCGAUGGCAAGGACAGCGCCAUCUCCCUCUCACCCAAGGGCGGUCGCGUCAUCCUCAGUGGCGGCGCCCUCUUCAGCCCUCAGCUCCUGAUGCUCAGCGGCAUCGGUGACACCGCCGUCCUCCAAAACCUUUCGACCCACGGCCUGCUCAAGACCGACUCCAAAACCUGGAUCGAGAACAAAGCAGUCGGCGCCGGCCUCUUCGACAACCCAAACACUUUCAUCGAGCUUUCCGGCCCGAGCGUCACGUCAUACGUCUACAACUACACGGACCCAGUCCCCGCCGACCGCGAUGCGUACCUCAAAGAUCGCCAGGGACCAUACGCUUUCGCCUCUGAGACUUCCGCGUUCUGGAAUGAGUACAAAUACCCCAACGGCGACGCGGUCGGUGUACAGGGCACGAUUGAUUCGAGUGGCUUUGGGGAGUAUAUGGAAGACGAUACCAUCACCCUGAAUAUCUACGGCACAUCAGGCAUGCGCUCGCUAGGCAAAGUGGCAUUGAACAUGACCACCGGCGCUCCAGGCCAGGAGAAACCCUUCUUCUACACCGACUCCGAAGGCCAAGAUGCCGACGCCAUCGCGUCCUUUAUCCAUGACAUCUUCGCCUCCCUGCCGAAGUCUGGCCUUACACCACGUAACAUCCCGGCGGAUGCUAGUAAGGAGGAGAUCAAGAAAUACAUCACCACCGCGAGUCAAUAUACUCUCGGCAAUGUCAACCACUGGAGCAGUAGUUGCAGACUUGGGGAGUGUGUGGAUACGAAUACGGUAGUCAAGGGGACGGAGAAUCUUCAUGUGGUGGAUGCGAGUAUUGUGCCGCCGCUUACGACGAAUCCGAGUUUUGGGGUUGUUAUCGCGGCGGAGAGGGCGGCGGAGGUGAUACUUGCGCUCAAGGCGUAG